AUGCCCUACCGCAUCCUCACCCUCAUCAUAAACCUCAUCAAUCUCAUCCUCGCCCUCACCCUGACCCUCCUGGCCCACGGCCUCACCACACUAACCCUCGCCGCCCUCUUCGCAACCGUUCACAUGUUCCACAACCCCUUCCAAUGCCGCCAUCUCCUUGAACAACUCCUACCAAACUUACCUCGACAAAACUUUACAUCAUGGCGCAUAACCCUCCUCUCCCUCAACACACCUCUCCUCCUAGCAAUGCCAUGCUGGAGCAAGCUGACGUACGGGCUAUGGUUCAGCUCGUGGUAUGCCCUCACCGUUGGGCUGGUGAGCGUAAUCGGGAAUGGAUUGUGUGCAUGGCAGUGGGUCAUGUGGGCGGAGGUGAUCUGA